AUGUCGACCCGCUCCGCUUCCGGUUAGAUGAACAAGCUAUUAACAGCGUUUGAUAGCUACGAUGAAUUCUUGAUGCUCUUCACCCGAACCGUUGCAGAGAAGACCAAAGCUGGCCAGCGACAGGAUAUCGAGGAGAAGGCAUACACUUUCCACGCCUAUGGUCGGACCGAGGGUGUUGCUGGUGUGAUUGUUACAGACGGCGACUACCCUGCUCUUGUGGCCCACCAGCUCCUGGGCAAGAUCGUCGAUGAGUUCCUGGCCAAGCACCCGCGCACUUCUUUCUCCGACCCUUCUUUGCGCGAAAAUGCAUGCCCCUUGCCCCAGCUCAAGGAAUACAUUGUCAAGUACCAGGAUCCCAGCCAGGCCGACAGCAUCAUGAAGAUCCAACAGGAGCUUGAUGAAACUAAGAUUGUGCUGCACAAGACGAUCGAAAGUGUUUUGGAGCGUGGUGAGAAGAUUGACUCCUUGGUGCAGAAGAGUGAUGGAUUGUCAGCCCAGAGUAAAAUGUUUUAUACCCAGGCCAAGAAGCAAAACUCUUGCUGUGUUUUGAUGUAA